CGCUAUGCAGUGCAGCGACACACACACAAAAUUGGUUUGGACUCUUAAUUAUUGCCUCAUUGAAUGGACAUCGAAAUUUGUGCCACAAUGUCAUUUGCUGUCGAAUACAGUAAUUGCAGCAGGUAAUUUCCUGAGGAAGACCAGUAAUGAGGAUGUAUACCUGUGUGUGCUGCACGGACUUGAACGCAUUGUGGUUAUCAGCAACGUCAGUCACUCCUCUGGCGGUCCCGCCGUGAACACUGCAACUGGUAUAUCGGGCAUUGUAACGCCAGUGCUGCGCAAUAAAAUUGAAAAGUUAGCAUUGGAAUUGGUUAAAUUGGAAAAUGAAAGAUUUUCAAUACCGGCGCUGCAGCUGCUACUUUCCUGCAUGUAUGUGGGUUCAGCUAAACAACUGGAAAAUACAGAGCUCUCCAAUGGCAUUGUCCAAGACGAACCGGAGAUAAUCGCCCAACAGACCGAUAAAGUUGAUAUACUUCUACAUUGUAUUAAAUCAUCAACGCGUGAUGCCGCUUGGAUUUAUGGACAAGUGUUGUGCCAAAUUAUACGUGAUUUAGUGCCACCGAAUGAAAUAUUGACGAAGGUCAUAAAAGAGUUUCUAGCCAUAAAUCAACCGCAUUGCGAUGUUAUUGCAAUGAUUGUGUAUCAGGUUUUCCGUUGCGCCAUCGAUUCGACGUUCUUGCAAAUGUUGCAAGACUGGCUCAUAUGCUCGUUGCCAACUUUUCUGGCCUUACCUGAACAAAAAGGUGUCUGGUGUCUGAGCGUCAUCUUUUUAUCCGCUUCCAUAAAUCUGCAUUUGAUUAAACUAUUUCCGGUGCUGCUAAGCACCGGUGCCGCAGCAGUUGCAGCAGCAGCGGCAGCGGCAGCGGAUUCAUCAACUGCCACUGGAGGCAUCAUAGGCGGCUGUGACGUUGGAGAUGCUGGCGAAGUUGGUGGUGGUGCGGGUGUCAUCGGUGGGGCGUCUCAUAAAUUGGGUCAACAUGAAAUUGCAUUGUUCGUGACAGCUGCUGUAGAUUUUCAUGCGAAAUUGAGUGCGGAGCAGCGGAUGCGUUUCCGUGAUGCCUUUGAGAAAUUCCACAAGCAACCGGUUUAUGCCAAGCUGUUACAGAGUAUCUGAUUUAGCAACGCGCAGUGUUAGUAGCAAAAUGAGUGGUUUUCGUUGUUGUAGCAGUAAUAUACGUUUUAGGCGCUCGUAGUGUGGGUGUACUGGGGUGAUUUACUUAGCCGGUGGGGCGGAUAGGUGUGCUCUUGCUGCUGGGCUGUUGGCAGCGUAGAUGGCAUCACUUAUUGGUCGAUAUACAUAGAACACACACUUAUACAUAAGCAAGCGGUAGCAUAGUUAAAGGAUGCUAAGCCAAAGGUGUGCAAACGGGGUAAUUUGCUGUUGGUUAUGUUUUUAUUUAUGUUCGGUUGAUGAGCUCCACCGUUGAUUUAUGAGGUCACUGCUAAGUGACUAAAUUCUGCAGUUGUUGCGGGCCGUGCGGGAGCUGAGGCGGGUUGCAGAGUGGUCACAAAAUGGUACAGUUUAAAAUUGAAUUGAGUUAAUGCGAUUGCCAAAUAGUUUUGAGAUUGCAUUUUAAGGAUUUAUCUUUUGCCAAAGUAAUUCUUGGUUUUUCGAUCCUUUUUUUGUUGGCUAAGAAUCAUUCAAGUUUAGCC